CUUCCCCUCUACACCCGCCGAGUACUUUGCUAGACUAGCAGUAGAAAGAGGUUUCUCUUUCAAUCUCUCCAAAAAAAACUAUCUUUUGCAAUGGCAAUCUUCUCUCCAAAUCCCUCAAAUCUCUAUCUUCUCAAUAACAGCGGCUGCAGAAAUCCUACAUCUUUUCCUCAGUCUCUUCACCCUUUCUCAGGUAAUUCUGUCUCUUUCUCUUCUCUUCUCACUUCAUUUCACCGCAUUCAUUUCAAUCAAAAGCCAAUGAAACUCACUCCCAAAAUCAAGAAAACACUUCCCAUUUCAUGCUCAAAUGAAAAACCAGCCCCAAUUCAAUCCACAAGAAGGAAACCAAAGCAAAACCUGAUGUUCAGCGAAGGGAGAGACGAAGAUGAGAAGCGUCUUAUCUGCCCUGGCUGUGGCGUUUUCAUGCAAGAUAAGGACCCAAACCUUCCUGGGUUUUAUCAGAAGAGGGUCUCUCAGAAAGAAAAUGAGGAAAUCUCAAUUGGGUCUGUCUCAGAAUCGGACGGUUUUCAUGAAUUCGAUGAGUUCGAUGAAGAAGAUGGAUAUGAAUUGAAAAUGGGAUUGACCCAAGAUGGGAUUUCUUCUUCUUUAUCGGAUUUAGAUAGCGGAGAGGAAGAAGAUGAGGAUUUUUCCAAUGGGAAUGAUGUUGGGUCAGCCAGAAAUGGUGAAAUUGAUUGGGAUUCGGAUUGGGAGAUCGAAGACGAUGAGGAAAAAUGGGAGAAAGAAUUAGAUGGUUUUGCACCUCCUGGCAUUGGGUACGGAAACAUUACAGAGGAGACUUUGAAGAAGCAAGCAAAGAAGAAGAUAUCGAAAACGGAGAAGAAGCAGAAGGCUCGGGAAGCUCGGAGGGAGGAAGAAGCAGUCACAGUUUGUGCCCGCUGUCACUCAUUGAGGAACUAUGGGCAGGUGAAGAAUGAGAGGGUCGAGAACUUGAUCCCCGAUUUUGACUUUGAUCGGCUAAUCGCCACCCGUUUGUUGAAACCUAGUGGGAAUUCCAGUGUGGUUGUCAUGGUUGUUGAUUGUGUCGAUUUUGACGGGUCCUUUCCUAAGAGAGCCACAAAGUCAUUGUUCAAAGCAUUGGAAGGGAGCAAAAAAGAUUCGAGAUUUAACAAAUUGCCUAAGCUUGUUUUGGUUGCAACGAAGGUUGAUUUGCUUCCUUCGCAAGUAUCGCCGACUAGGUUGGACAGGUGGGUCCGCAACCGGGCUAAAGCUGGUGGGGCCCCUAAGCUUAGUGGCGUUUAUUUAGUGAGUGCCCGUAAGGAUUUGGGUAUUAGGAAUUUGUUGGCCUUCAUCAAGGAAUUAGCUGGUCCACGGGGGAAUGUGUGGGUGAUCGGUGCCCAAAAUGCGGGGAAAUCUACUUUGAUCAAUGCGUUCGCGAAAAGAGAAGGGGUCAAAAUAUCGAAGCUGACGGAAGCUGCAGUGCCUGGAACGACACUGGGGAUAUUGAGAAUUGGGGGGAUUUUGCCUGCGAAAGCGAAGAUGUAUGACACUCCUGGCCUUUUGCAUCCAUACCUGAUGACCAUGAGACUAAACAGAGAUGAACAGAAGAUGGUUGAGAUACGUAAGGAGCUGCAGCCUCGGACUUAUAGGAUCAAGGCUGGGCAGGCUGUACAUAUUGGUGCUUUACUGAGAUUGGACCUGAUUCAGGCUUCUGUAGCAACCAUUUAUGUCACUGUUUGGGUGUCACCAAAUGUUUCUCUUCAUUUGGGGAAGAUAGAAAAUGCAGAUGAGAUAUGGGAAAAGCAUGCUGGUAUCAGACUGCAGCCACCCAUUGGUGCAGAUCGACUGCCUGAACUUGGCGAAUGGAAACAAAGAGAAUUCAAGGUGUCUGGGAUCAGCUGGGAAGUCAACUGUAUAGAUAUUGCAGUGGCUGGGCUUGGCUGGUUUUCAUUGGGAUUGAAAGGUGAGGCCACCCUGGCAUUGUGGAUAUACGAUGGCAUCGAAACAACACCACGAGAGCCGUUGGUUCUAGACAGAGCACCGUUUCUCGAGAGAGCCGGAUUUUUACUUCCAAAGGCUAUAUCCGACGCCAUCGGCCACCAGAGCAGGCUUGAAGCAGAAAUGAAGAAGUUGGAAGAUGAGAGAAGUGAUUCCCUUUCCGAGGCAAGCAUCUGAAAGGUAAUUGUGGAUUCUAGUUAAGAGGAGUUGUUGGGUCUUGAUGGAUGUGAUUGGUGUCCCAACGCAUCCAUUUCUUUCGAGUGUGGCCCAGUAUCCAGACUAUUGAACUGAUGGUUCUUUCCCUGAAUCACAUAAUUUCCUAUGCAUCGAGCUAACAUUGAUUACGAUCCCAUCCACCAAGAAACUCCGACUGGGAUGAUCCUACCCACCCAUCCAAUCUUUUGAUCAUCCCUCCUGUAGUGUGUUGGUUUUCUGACCAUACAUCUAUAGGUGACUGAUCAAAGGGUUAGGAUAUCUGAUCAACGGUCUGGAUAUCUGAACCACAUUCUCUUUUACAAACUGGCCCAUCAAGACAUUAGCCACAUCCUUAGGCAUCAGGGCCUGAUAAUUCCUCUUUGGCAAUGAAGCGCCUCAUGUACCCAGCAGAUGGUCCCAUGUACAGCUCAUCAUCCCUUUUCCUCGAGUUUCAAGGCAUGCUGGUUUUGGUGGACCACACAUGAUCAUAGUGGUGAAGAAGCGCUACAGUUCACUCAUCUACGGCUGACAAAGGUGCAGAAGAGAUCAGUGGGUGGGGGUAUAUUUGAUUAGUGUAUUGUUUAGGUAGUUGUAGUCGUUCUUUUUACUGCAUCUUAUGCAGAAUACUUAAAAGGAUGCAUUGAUGAAAUGCAUGCUCCAUUUUUUACUGAUCAUCCAAUGCAAAACCUUUAUAUUGAGGUUAGUUACGACCA